AUGCAUUUUAGGGUCAAAUCCGAUUUUCAGCGCGAUAACGGGUCGAAGAAACGGCCAAAAGGGUGGCUGGAAAAGCUAGAACCCAGCAAUGAUGAAGAUCCUCUCGCAGACUGUGAAAAGGCUUUAAGAGCUGCAGCUCAGUCGCUCGUCGACUAUUUGCAGCAGCUCUAUGAGGAUAGUGUCAAAUAUUGUGCGAUUAUCUACUUUGAUGAAGUGCACACCUUGUUUUCACCACAGAACGGGCAAGAUAAACGCACCCCUUACUAUGCUUUGAUGCAUGUCUUAAGCAUGCUCCACGACAAACGGAUUUUCUUUGUCUUCCUGUCAACCAACUCCAGCCUACAGACCUUCGCACCAACCGGUGCCAACUAUCCAUCUAUUCGAGUUCAAAACAACUCAAAAUUAAUCCCCCCUUUUUUCAAACUUCCAUUUGACACCUUUUCUCGCAACUUUACAGCGCAAGCAAUGCAGGCGGGAAAACUGACACUCUCAGGAGUUUGCGAGCUGGAACAAAUGGCCAAGUUUGGUCGCCCCCUAUGGUUCUCGUAUUAUCAGAGCCUCCCGGAGGCGGAGAAGGAAAAAAUGAUCGACCUUGCGGUGAAAAAACUGGAAGGUUCUGGAACUCGAGCACAUCUGGCUGCCCUUGAUGCACGCGUUCUCAUUGACUUUGAUCCCUUCCACCCACAGGCGUACUCAAUGCAGACAAAGCUCAUGAAAUCCAAUUUGCGAUGCAUCUUCAACAUUCCUAAGGAGCGAGAAUACAUCCACUCCCGAUAUCCAUCUGAGCCAGUGCUCUCAGAAGCAGCAGGACACACCCUCAAUUUGAAUGUUUCCAUUGUUGAUACAGCCCCGGAAAUACUUAUGCAGGCUUUGACAACUGGUUUGCUCGCUAAGGACGAACGUGCAUCAGGAAAAGGGGGUCUGGCGUUGAGGCUCGUCAAAUGCAUGUUGAGAAUGCAGCGUCGACACCGGAUUCUCAACGCGCAAAAAAGUCGUUGA